AACGACUGGUUAACCUGAUUUUUAACUUGUCCCGCGUCUGGGAAAAUUUAUUUAUCAUCUGUUAUAUUUAUCAGUAUAAACGUAAUAAAUUGUUUGAAAAAGUGUAAACGUCUUCAUUAAAUGACUUACAAGACUGUAAGCAACAUGGAUCAGACGAGACCAACCACUGCUGUUCAAAACCACACAGAUUCUAUUGAGGUUGCAGGCAAAAUGUUGGAAAAGCUUAUGGCAACAGACAACUCGUUUCCAUCACUGCUGGACCGCACUAAAAUCUCGCUGUCUGAUCUGGCGUCAACUGUGAGCGGGCUGAGAGAUGAGGAAUACCCAGACUUGUCACGUGUGUCGCCUGGUCUUGCCAGCACCAAACACAUGGUGGUGGUCAACAAGGUCCCUCUGCCGCCGGAGGUCCUGGAACGCUUCAGACAUUUUCAGUGUAAUUGCAUGAUGGGCCUAUUUCCUGAAAUCAGUCGAGCCUGGCUCACCAUUGAUAGUGACAUUUAUGUGUGGACAUACGAAAAUGGCUCAGACGUGGCAUAUUUUGAUGGGUUGAGCGACACCAUAGUGAGUGUGGGAUUGUUGAAACCCAAGUCAGGGGUGUUCAAUGUGUUCGUGAAGUAUCUGCUGGUUCUCACCACUGCAGUUGAAAUUGUCAUACUAGGAGUUACUUUUUCCCGAAAAGAUGAUGGUAUGCAGCAUGACUUUCAAGAGAUGAACUUGCUGCCUGACCCUGUGUUUGUAAUCCCAACGGAUGGAGUUGGAGUGAACACAGUAGCUGCCACAGAUUCUGGAAGGAUCUUCCUUGGUGGCUCUGAUGGGUGCCUGUACGAAAUAGAGUACCAGGCUAAAAGUAACUGGUUCGGCAAGCGCUGCAAGAAGGUGAAUCUCUCCACGAGUGCCCUCUCUUACCUGGUGCCAUCCUUCCUGAACUUCGCAUUUCGGGACGAGGACCCAAUAAAGCAGAUAUCUGUGGACAACAGCCGCCACAUCCUGUUCGUUCUCACCGAGAAGGGAUCCAUCCAGGUGUACGAUCUGGGGGUGGACGGCUGGUCAGCGGGACAGGUUGCCUGCGUGACGCAGGACGCUGUCGCCAAGUACGCCUAUAAUGUUGUCAACCAAACUCUGGACACAAACAUAUUCCGACCACUGGUGAGCAUCUGCGCGGUAGAGAAGAUGGAGUGUGUGCAUUACAACCUGGUGGCCGUAGCGGAGACAGGUGUACGGUUUUACUUCAGCACGGGCUCAGUCACUAACCCAUCGGCCCGGCCCCACCGCAUCCAGCUGCUCCACGUACGGCUGCCUCCGGGCUACACUGCCAACGCCCUCCGCCGGCCCAGCAAGGUCCACACGGCCCUUUACAGGCAAGGGGACCUGGUGCUGGUGUCGUCACCGGGGGGAGAAGCAGACGUGUUGUGGUGCAUCAGUGCAGACUUCUACCCCUUCGAGUGGUUCUUGGUGGAGUCACAAACUGUCCUGCACCUGGACGGCACGGUGUGGGCUGUGCGUGAGGUGGCUGGCACAGACACGCGAGCCAAGCUGCGCUGUGCGAAUCUGCCAGAGUCCUUGACUUGCCCCCCAGCCUUGCCUCCCGCGCCUACCUCCCCACCCCCUCCUGGCUUGCACGACCAGGUGCAGCAGCAGCAGCAACAGCUGCAACAGCAGCAACAGCAGCAACAGCAGCAACAGCAGCAGCAGCAACAGCAGCAGCAGCAGCAGGCGCGCUCCAGCGACCCCCCGCUUGUGGUCCGCCAGCACAUUGAAGACACCAGGAAGUUCGUUGUCCUCACUUCACAGGGGGCAGACAUAUACGUGAAGCUGCGGCCAGUGGACCUGCUGCAGCAGCUGCUGGUGAGCAGUAUGGGCCCGGAGGCGGAGAGCAUCAAGGCGUUCUUCCAAGUGCUGAAAGAGGAGCAGGCGUGUGCCACUGCCCUCGUGCUGGCCACCACAGAGGGUGUUGACACAAGAGUGUCGGAGAUGGCCACGAGAGCCUUCUUCAUGUACGGAGGGGAGCCGUGUGGGGCCAGCAUGCAGCGCCAGCUCUUGGGCUCUCCGUUCCGCACAGAUUUUCGUCCAAAUCAGGUGUCGACUCCACUGCAGUUCACAACGUCUCAGCUUUCACAGACACCGCAGUCUUCCAGCAUUGUGAGCCAGGCGUUGGCACCGGGGGUCGUGCAGUACUCGGCAAAGCAUGACGGGCUGUACCUUUAUGUGGGACGCAUCCUGCGUCCCAUCUGGAACCUCAGAGUGGCCUACACGAGGAGGCUGGAAACCAAAGUCAAUGUUUUGUGCAGCACUGUGCCAGUUGAGGACUGCACCCUACUGCUGCGACACCUGUACGGCCUGAAGGUGUUUCUGGAGAAGAACACUCAGUACUCACCAUCAGGUUUGACGAUGGCGCAGCUGCAGGCGUCGCUGCGGGAGCAGGUGGACACGCCCCCCCGCAGCCAGGGGGGCGCCCGUGUGCAGGAGGCUUUCCUGGAGGAGAAGCGCUCGCUCGACGCCCUGAAGACGCUGGUCGGCCACGCCUGUGAGGUGCUGGGGCUGUGGAAGAUACUGUGCGAGCACCAGUUCCACCUGGUGGCUGCCAUGCUGUCCGAGGAUCAGCAAAAUCUGUUGGAAGAGAUGACUUACCGAUCUCUUAUUUUGAUGGCUCAUGAGUUGUGUUCAGUUCUCAUUAACUGCCUCAUAAGCAGGUAUCUUGAUGACAAUGCAUCUGUUGAUGCAAUCAGUGCAAAACUUCGUGAAAUUUGUCCAAACUUAUACAAAGUUGAAGAUGCUGCAUGUUCUAAGGCCAAUGAGAUGCUGUUGGCUUCAAAAAAUUUGGCAGAUAAAGAAGAGAGAGAAGCAAAACUCAGGGCAGCAUUAGAGCUAUGCAAAGAAGUGGCCCCGAAUGUGAACCUCCCAAUGAUAUGCCAGUGGUUCACUGCUGCCCAGUUCUACCAAGGUGUUCUUGAGUUGACACUUAUGUGUGCUGCAAAAGUGGAUCCUAAGAACAUAGCUCUGCAUUACUAUAAGAAUAAUGAACCUUCAGAAGAUUAUGAAGGCUUCCAGGCUUUUGCCAAGAGAGUGGAGUGCUACAAGGAGCUCACGAUGGUGCUGGACCAGCUGUACAACCAGAGCCAGGCCGGAGUGCUGUCGUCCAGCGUGCCGCACGGGCCCGGAGCGCCUGUCGUCAGCGAUGUCGGCCAGGGCCUGACCGAAGAGGCAGACUUGCAGGCUCGGUGGCUAGUGGAGCAGGUGCUACUGUCUCGAGACGAGCUGUUCCAUGUGGCGGUGUAUGAGUGGAUGAUGUGCAAGCGUCUUUACUCCAUGCUGGGAGCCAUCACGCUGCCUAGCAUGGAGCUGUUCCUCACGCGGGCCAGCAAACGUAACCCUACAGACAUACACGUGUUCGACCUCAUGGUGCAGUACUACCGAAACACCAAGAACUUUGUCGAGGCCGCCAGGAUCCUGCAUCGGCUGGCAACGCAGCCAGGGAGCAUGCUGAAUCUGGAUCAGCGGUCGUCGUACCUCGGCCGAGCAGUGGCGUUCUUGCAGAGCGACAAGGUGGGCUGUGCUCCACAUCUGGGCUCCUUCAUGCGGGACCUGGAGGACCUACUGGAGACAUCGCGAGUCCAGAAACAGGUUUUGCACGGAGUGAUGAACCUAAGGGGUCAUCAUCAUUUAGCAGAAGAAGCUAUAGAGAAAUUAAAUUCUUGCCUUAUGGGUGUUACUCAGCUAUGGGAUGAGUUCGCAGAGCCAUUCGACCUGUGGGAGGCAAAACUCGCAAUAAUUUACUGUGCUGGCUAUACUGACUCGAUGUUGGUGGAGAAUAUUUGGCAGAAUAUCAUCGAUCAGGAGUUGCAGAGGUGUGGUCAUGCCUCGCCUGAUGACAAGAUGACCAGUGUUUUGACCAAGGUUAAGUCUUUAGGCAAAGACUAUGCAAAUGCUCCUGUAUGCUUCCCAGUAGAGUUCCUGAUAAAACAGUUGGAAAUAAGCUGUUGUCGCUUGAAGGCCAGUCCUUCUCAUGUUCACACUGCCUUGAAGAACAUUGGAGUGCCAUGGUUGAAGCUCAUGGAGAUCUAUGAAGCGUUGUUUGUGAAGAAAGAGCGCUUCUGGUUGGCAGAAGGGGACGAGUUCUACCUGGUGCGAGUGAUUGCCAGCUUGUUGGACAGUUUUGUCAACUGUGCAAGCGCUAUCAGUGCAAUGGAGAGGAGGAUAGCAGGGGAGAAGGCCCUGGACCUCAUCAGCAGCUGCCUAACACUACUCUACAGCAAGCCCGACACGGCAGAUCUCGUGGAGCAGUUGCGAGGGAUACAGGCACGGCUGCAGAGACUUCGCUGAACUCGUGGCGAUCCGUGGAAACACUCUGUGUCAUCAAUGACCUUUUUUUAACUUAAAAUUAAUUUACAGUAGUGCUGCAAUUGGGGGAUGUAAUUUAUUUCCUGUUUCAUGUUUGUUGUAAGUGUAAUGGAUUUAUUUCUUAAUUGUGUUCAGUAUGUUUUGCUGUUAUUAAUUUUAAUUUUUUGAGUGUCUGUAUACAUUUUUUGUGUAAAAAAUUCUCUUAUUUUAAAAACACUUAUUUGUCGCACAUGGGGUGAUAGAUCUGUGUUAGAGAUUAGUUGUGUUUAUUGAAACUGUGUAUAUAGUGUGAUUCAAUUUCUGUGUUUCUACUUAUGACUGAGCUACAAUUGACACAAUCUUUUACACAUGUAUUGUUAUACAGUUAACACUUACUCAGCACUUAAAAUGUACUGUGAUCUGGCUUUAAAUAGACCUAAACUUAUUUCUAUUUUUUUUUUUUUUUGGUUCUUUUAGGUUAUGAGAAAUUUAAGCUGGAUUAGUUGGUAGUGUAUAAUUAUAAGGAAAAAAAUUAAUUUAUAUAAUAGAAUCCAUUUGACCACAGUAAUUUCAAAAGUGAAUGCAUAUAUAAUUAUUUUCCAUAUUAAAAUGAUGCUGUGUUUAUAGCUCAAAUCCAUGAUGCAAACUUAUUAAUAAACAAAUAAAUUUCGGUACAAUUUAGUUAACUCAUCCAUUUUAUUAUUUAUUAAAUAAAGUUUUUAAUUGAGAACGUACUAGUUUGUCGUUCAGAGCUUCUGACUGAUUAAAAUGUAACACAGUUUUCAUAAUAACACUGUAUUACGGUAUGCAAGAGUUUAACCUGUACCGAACUCUUCUUAACAUUAAUGCCAUGCUUGUAUAAAUUCUGAGUACAAAGUAUGUUUGUAACUAGUUAGAGUAAAUUUAUGUAUUUUAUCUAUUUAUAAUACUGUUAUGCUUAUGAAAUGCUUAUGUUGAUUGUGUCUUAGCCGUAAUAACUUUUUGAAUUGAAAUUUACAAGAAAAAAUAAGAAUGACAUUCCUUUUUAUUGAUUGCCAAACAAUUUUUGUACAGGAUUGUUAUUCUGACAGUACUCAUGAUGAUAAUCAAUUAACAUACUUGCAAGACAGACUUUGUAUAAUUUUUUUUUUUCUUUUUUUCAAUAAUUUCAUUUGCAUAUACCACGGAUGGCGAACCUGUGGCACUCUUGCCAGUGGUACCACGCGACAAAAUAAUUCGGUGUGUUGUGUGUGUGUGUGUGUGUGUGGGGGGGGGGGUGCUAUAAUCAAAUAACCUAUGUACUUGAUCGCUAAAAGUAAAAAAGGUAUGAGCCUUAUAUAUGAGAUUCAGCAUCUAAUUUCCCACAGCAGAAAUCACAUUAACCUUUUCUUUUAUUUAAAAAUUUAAAUAAACAUAAAUUAGUAAACAUUUUGAUUGCUGUACAAAUUUCCAGUUGCAAAUAAACUGUUUUUAAUUACUAGAAUCUAGUUUAAUUUUUAUCCAUUAUUAUCACUAAGUCAAGAUUCUUUAAUGGCACAUCAUAAACAAUUUUUUUUAAUAAAAAAUGGCACGUUCACCAAUAAAGGUUUGUCAUCCCUGGCAUAUACUAUGAUUUUUUUUUAGUGUGUAUGUGAGAGGUGAGAGUGAUGCGUUUGUAAAAGUUUGACUUUUUCUGUACCAUAUUUUAUAUAAAUACAAUGUAUGAAAAUAAAA